CGGAGCUGGGGCUGGAGGGGCGGGAGAGUCCGGAGCGGAGACGCGCUGGAUGGCAGGGGCAAUCUGGAGCUCCCGGGUGUCACACGGGGUUAUCCAGCCAGGCUGAUACCACACAGUCAUGACGGGGAAAAGGUCGCUUCUCCAUGGAAUUCUGUCUUUCCUGUUGCUUAACAUUGUCUGUCAGGCCCAUGAUCUUCCAUUGAGCCAGGCAACCCGAGGGACGAGCUCCCUAUGUGAAAAAGAUGCUGGGUCCUGGGGAGCUGUAUUCAGUGAGGAACGCCUAGAUGCCUGGAUCUGUUCUCUGAUUGGUUCUCUUAUGGUGGGAUUGAGUGGGGUUCUUCCCCUCCUGUUCGUUCCUCUUGAGACGGGGGCAGCACUGAAAUCGGAAGAGGGAUCCCAUCGAAUGAAACAGCUGUUGAGCUUUGCUAUUGGUGGGCUUCUGGGAAAUGUGUUUCUCCACCUGCUUCCUGAAGCCUGGGCCUACACUUGUAGUGCUACUGCAGGAGAAGGGCAGAGCUUCCAACAGCAGAAGCUUCUGGGGCUCUGGGUGAUCAUUGGCUUACUGACCUUCCUGAGUCUGCAGAAGAUGUUCCCAGAUAGUGAAAAGCAAGGAAGCACCAACUUGGUGAGUGGACUGUGGAAGGAGCACUUGAAUUCCCUUUAGAUAUGGCAUGAUGUGCUGCUCUUUGCUCCGCAUGACACUUUAUCCCAUCUGUCUCUUAGAAGCUUCCUUAAUAGUUUAGACAUUCAGGGAGAAGAAUUAUGGGGGAGAAGAAAGGCAUCAUUGUAUUGUGCCCCACAGGAAUCUUCUGCUAAUAGUGAAAAGCCUUACAUGCCAUGUUGAAUUUCUCUUUCCCAUUCCUACCUUCUGCUUCUGCACUGAGCAUAAAGUGUGCCAAUAUAUAGCUUCUGAAAGUUGUAUUUGUGUAUCUUACAGCUAUGUGGUGCUUCAGAUUUGAUACCAGAAACAGGCUUUACAGUGCAGAAGGUGCAGAUAUAGCACCUGUCUUCAACGCACCCACAUUGUUGCCUGGGAUCAUGUAGCA